GAUCUUCUAUUACUUUCAUUAUCGUUGCUCUCAUUUUGAGUCGAUGAUCGUUUCGGUCUUUUCAAUUUUUAUAUCCACUGGCCUCGUCUCUAUCUUGAAUCACAGAUCCGACCACUGGCUCGCCUCUAUCUCGAAACAUAGAUCCGACCACCAGUCCGCCUCUCGAACCACAGAUCUAACCACUGGUCCUGCCUCUAUCGUGAAUCAUAGAUCCGACCAUCGGCCUUAUAAACACUUCGCAAAAUCUGUCUUCGUGUCUUGCGAAUUACCUACACUGGACCUUCCGUUUUUCAGAGAAGCCACUAUUAGUCUCCGCCUUCUACGUAUUCCAUAGCCUUACUUUUCAGUCCCUCGUCGCCGGGCCAUAUAUAUCAAGAUGUUGGCGAAGAUUCUACCUUGCAUUACACUUCUAGGACUCCCGACCGUCUUAGCCUAUCCUACGGCGUGGGGAGUAUUAGAAGUAGUAUCGAACACGGUUGCCCUGAACUGGUACUCGAGCAAUUUCGAUAAGGGCGGUCCCGCUCCGGCUUCCGAGAAGACUGCUAGCUUUUACAAUUGUAAAGGUCCUCAAAUCUCCGAUUUCCCCUCCUUCGAUGAGUGGAUCAGCUUCAACGACAUGUGGCAAAUCAAUGAGCCGAUACUAAAGCUCUCGAAUCCCGACCAUCCCAACUUGAUACCGACUAUUAGGGAGAAGAUAGAGUUGGUGUCCACGAGCACCCAAGUAGAUGCGCGGCUAAUUCUUGCCAUCAUAAUGGAAGAGUCGACUGGUAACCUUAAUGUCCCCUGCACCCUGGGCAGCAUGACAAAUUGCGGUUUAAUGCAAGCUGCUGGCGGAAGCGUAUCUUUCAAUCCAAAGGACCCAGAGAACAGCAUCGAGCAGAUGAUCCGAGAUGGCGUUCGAGGUGUGGGUGAAGUACCUGGCUUAGCUGGAUAUCUCAACGGCAUUUCAUGGAUCCAAAACGCCGAAUUCGGCAACCCAUAUCUCGCUGCACACCUGUAUAACGCGGGUAGCGCAACUGGAGGCGGCAAUCUCGGAGUUAUUGAGGGCGGUAAUAAGAAAUCGAAGGUGUAUGCUUCCGACAUUUCGAGUCGUUUGACGGGGUGGGAUGGUGGGUAUGCGGGAUGCUUGGCAAGCACACAAUGUCCUGGACAGCUAAGGGAAGCGGGUGAUUGCUGACAAUGAUCUUCGGUGCUCAAUACCCCGUGUUUCCUUGCUUUUCUCUCGUGGCGUAUAGGUUGGUUGUGUAGGUGUUAAAAAGCUGGAACAGCGAGGUGCAUACGUCUAGGCGUUGUGACAACUUUAUCUGUGCCAGAUUCUUCUCUAGGGUCACUCAUAUCACUCUCUCAAUCCAUUCAAAGAUCUCUAUAUCUCGUACUUAAAUCUACUAUAUGUCUCGUUUC